AUGAGGUAGCGCGUCAAUUUGGAAGCAUACUUGCCUUAUUUAAAAUGGUAUUUAAAUAUAAUCAGGGACCUGAUAUAAUUUAACAUUUCGAUCCUAUAUCUUGCAUGUAUCUAAAUUAUUUUUGCAAACUUGCCCAUAAUGAUUUUAUUAAGGUUUCUGAAUUGUCAUCUUCAAAAAGUGUUUUCACCAAAGAACCAGUUAAAGUCUUCUUUGUUUCUACAUGCUGGCCUACACAAAAAGACAUUUUCUGGUAUUUGUGAAAGCAAUGACACUGUUAAAGACCAGCUGGAACAUUAUAUUGCAUUGUUCAGAACAGCUUAUAUACCUGAGCCGGAAUCAUCUGCAGAGCUCAUUACUGCACAUGCAAUGGGAAAGAAAAUGAUUCAUGAAGUAGACUUCUCGACUCCGGUUACAAAAAUCUUACGAUCAAGACUGAAAGAAAUGUGUAGUAAACGUCUUGAAAGAGUUCCAGUUCAAUAUAUUCUAGGUGAAUGGGAUUUUCAUGAUUUGACUCUUGAAAUGAGACCACCGGUACUUAUUCCAAGGCCAGAAACUGAGGAGCUGGCAUCACAUGUUCUGUCCCAUUGGGACAGGGGUUAUCAUACUUUCCUGGAUAUAGGCUGUGGCACAGGCGCAAUCUCUAUAUAUCUUCUCAAGCAACUACCAUUGGUGAAGGCUGUAGCAAUAGACAUCAGUGAACAGGCCUGUAAUCUCACUCAGAACAAUGCUGUCCGUCAUGGUGUGCAUCACCGUCUCAAGGUCGUACAUGGAGACAUCAUGCAAGAGGGCACAGUAGCAGAGCUGUGUAAAAAUGGUCCAUAUAAUGUUAUAGUGAGUAAUCCCCCAUAUAUCACUACAGAAGAGAUGAAGCAUCUUGAUACUGAAGUAUUCAAAUAUGAGGACCAUAAUGCUUUAGCUGGAGGGGUAGAUGGUCUUCAUGUCAUAAAUCAGAUCCUUAAAAUUGCACAUCAGCUUCUCUGUCCAGGCCAUGGGAGUCUGUGGUUGGAAGUGGGACUGACCCAGACACGUGCUAUCCAAAGUGCCAUAGAAGACCAUCCAGACCUGGGGCUUGUGUACAGAAAUGCGUUCCAAGAUUUUACUAAACGAGACAGAUUUGCGCAUUUGGGGGUGAACGGAUUAAGAGGACAUGUAUGAAAGCUUAAGUUUCAACCGAGAAGACUGGCUGGUUUCCAUGAUAAACGAUAACGGUUCUAUGCCUACUCAAUGAACGUGUUAGCGACCAAACGUGUAUGUUGUGUUGCGUAGAAAAACUCAAACUGGCGACUACAUGAAUACUCGUUUUGUUGAAUAGAAAUUGUUUUUAUCAAGUGAAGCAUAAUUAGUUCUGACAUAGCUAUGACACUUAUACCACAUGUGUAUUUGGUUAUGUGGGAAAAUGCAGCAUAAACAACCCUUGAUGUUUAGUGACGGAAUUAAAACACGUUGUAAUCACAGGCACUCGGCAUUAGUUACUACCCCCUUCCCCAGCUGCUACCCCUCCUCCCAAAACUUUCAAAAAUUUCCUGUUUUAAAAGUUAUACAAAAUUACAAGACAAAAAAAGAUAGGGGAAUUUUAAUAUUUUUUUGCUAAUAUAUAUAUAAAAUUUCGACUAACUUUUUUGUUUUGUUAUUUUGUGUAACAAAUGGACAAUGUUUAGAGUUUUUGAGGGGGGUAGCAACUGGGGGGGAUGGGGAUAGUAACUUAUGCAGAGUGCCUGUGAUUUUAAUACAAUGCCCCUCGGUUUAAUACCUUGCAAAAGACAAAUGUAUACUUUAAGUUGUCGUCGAGUGUAGUGAUGUUGCCCAAACAAUGUGUUCAAAAUCGACUUUAAACAUAUCAGACCAGUAAACUUGAAAACACUGUAUUACAUAGUAUGUAGUAGUAUUUUUGUGGUUUGCAUGUGAUGGAAAAGACACAACAGGUACAAGUAUUUGCAAGUGCGCUUAUUAAAAUUGGUUGCAGUGAAA